CUCCCUGUUUUCCACACACCACAGCUUAGAAGCACAAGACAAGCAACCAAAUCUUCUUGAGGGUUUUCUGCAACUGCAAUGGCGUUGUCCACCAUGGCACUCUCCUCUCCGGCCCUUGCCGCCAAGCAGGCCAAGAUCGCCUCCUUCAACGUGUUCGGCGAGGGCCGCAUCACUAUGCGCAAGACGGCGGCCAAGGCCAAGCCCGCCGCUUCCAGCAGCCCGUGGUACGGCCCUGACCGCGUCCUCUACCUCGGCCCGCUCUCCGGUGAUGCGCCGUCCUACCUCACCGGUGAAUUCCCCGGAGACUACGGCUGGGACACGGCCGGGCUCUCGGCUGACCCGGAGACGUUCGCGAAGAACAGGGAGCUCGAGGUGAUCCACUGUCGGUGGGCCAUGCUCGGUGCUCUUGGCUGCGUCUUCCCGGAGCUCCUCGCUCGCAACGGCGUCAAGUUCGGUGAGGCUGUGUGGUUCAAAGCUGGUUCUCAGAUCUUCAGCGAGGGUGGGUUGGACUACCUCGGCAACCCCAGCCUCGUCCACGCGCAGAGCAUUCUCGCUAUCUGGGCCUGCCAGGUCGUGCUCAUGGGCGCCGUCGAGGGGUACCGCGUUGCCGGUGGCCCACUCGGUGAGAUCGUCGACCCGCUCUACCCCGGCGGUAGCUUCGACCCCCUGGGGUUGGCCGAUGACCCCGAGGCGUUUGCAGAGCUCAAGGUGAAGGAGAUCAAGAACGGCCGGCUCGCCAUGUUCUCCAUGUUUGGCUUCUUCGUCCAGGCCAUCGUCACCGGCAAGGGGCCCCUUGAGAACCUUGCCGACCACCUCGCCGAUCCCGUCAACAACAACGCCUGGGCAUUCGCCACCAACUUCGUCCCCGGGAAGUGAAUAUGAGGCGAUGCCUGUUCGCUAUGUGAAUUGAGAUUGCCCCAAGGUAACGGGAGUGUGGAGUGAGCAUGGGUUCAGUGAAACAAGCGCUACUAGGGCUUGGUUUCUUUUGCGCCUCUACGAUUAUUCGUAGUCAUGUAACAUUAUUUGGUUGGUUUAUCAAACAAGAAUGAUGAUAAACUUACAAAGAGAA